GCACACUGCCUGCACUUGGAAAACGACAGUGUGCAGCGCAUCAGCCACUCAUAAUGAUGUUAUAGUCAAUCACUGGACAGGGAAAAGGACAUCAUUCUGCAGGUGUUUGGUGUCAUGUGAGUGUAUUACUUGGCUCAUCUCAUGGAAACGGACGAUAAAAGUGAAUGCCGCAUCUCGUAAUAUAUACUUUCAUUGUUCGGACGGGGACAAGUAGAGUUCACAAUUUGGAAGGAUAUAUCGGGUGUGAUUCGGCGGUUCACCUUCAACAGUUCCAACUCAAGGAGUGAUAACCGCUUCAUUGCUGUUUAACUAGUCAACAAGUCACGACGUCUGCAUGGGACAAAGGAACAACCUAGCAGCCGGUCCUGACUUGACGCGCGAGAGUCUCAAUGUAGAGGUGUAAAACAAUUGGCUUCCGUGACGUCUUUAUAACUUUGAGCCUAAUUCCGCAGUCUGAACAGCAUCCUGAGAUUUUUUAUACUCCUACCUCAGAGGCGGAGAAUAUUUAAAACCACUGGAUAUGUCAGGAUGUCUGCAAAGUGAAACGACUCGAAGAUUUUAACUCAGUCUCAUAAUUGGUCCAAGAUACUUAUUCAUUUCGAUUUGGCACUUGUCACAACAUGGAGAAAUCAGAUUUGCAUGCAUCUGGUAGCAUAAUCUGGCACGGACUACUAUUUGUGGCUGAGAUUAUAUUUGGCUUGCGGACUCACUCCAUAUGCCUCCUGGUCCAUGGACUGCACACCCUAUAUAAGGCGGCCGAGGAGGUCAUCAUCAUCAUCUGUGCAAAGAUUCCACAAACGGGGACCAGGAAGAACACGUUCGGAUGGGCUCGAACCCACGUCCUUGGGGUUACUAUCAACAGUGUCUUCCUUGCUGCAUUAUGUUUCUCAAUGUUUGUGUCCUCGCUCAAGAGACUUGUCGCCACAGAACAUCUCCAUGACCAUCUGAUUAUUGUCAUAAUUGGCGCUGUCGGGAUCGUGUCUGGUAUCAUCUCAUUGGCGGUGGCGCAGACUUACCAUUUAUGUUCAUCUGAUGAAAAGCUGAAGAAAGAGGAACCUGCCCCAGAUGUGACCCCGAGUGAGAGGGAACUGUUCAUAAAGAGAAAGGGGCAGUUGGCGAGUCACUCUGUCAUCGACAAGCGGUGGACCCUGACCAGCAUGGGCGGCGCUCUAGUCAUUCUCGUCAACGGUCUCAUACAUGUAUUUGAAGAUGACCCGUGGACGCAUUAUGUCGAUGCUGUGUCGAGUAUAAUCAUGGUUAUUAUUAUCAUCGGCGGCACUCUUCCACAAUUCAAGGAUGCGUGCAUGGUGCUAAUGCAAGCUGCUCCCACGCACAUUGAGAUGGACGAACUUGCAGAGAAAAUGAAAAAAUCAGUGCCGGGUAUUGAAAGCAUUCACGAAUUCCAUCUGUGGCAACUGACAGGACGGCAUGUGGUCGCCACAGUUCACGUGAAGCUAAAAGGACUUGGGGAUUUCGUGAGGGUGGCUGAGGACGUUAAGAAUUUCUUGACGAAGGAGGGGGUACAUUCUGUGACGGUUCAACCCGAGAUCGAUACGACGCCGCCUGCCAGCAGCGAGGAGCUGGAUCAGGAUUUCAUGAUGAACGGAUGUGUGAUCGACUGCGGGCCUGCCUGCAUCAAGAAGAAAUGCUGCAAUAAUUGCCACGAAGGCAAACCUGAACAACAUCAGGUGUGACGAAUCCAGCAUCCAAGUAGCCGCAGCAGUGUCCUGUAGGCCAAACAGAGUCGGAGCCAAAACCAUGACAUUCACGCAGUGUUGUUGGUGGUGUUGCUUUAAAACACGAUGACGUCAUCGCGUUACCUCCCUUGCAAGGGACGUCAUCGCUAUCCGUGCCCAGUGGCACGGUGGUGCCGGAUACUUUGUACGACUGAGGGGUAAAACCUUCCGAUUAUCAUUCGAUAACAUGUAAUGUAUGCGUUACACUACAAUAAAGGUUGUAACUUUUGAAACAAAAUCACGAAUAA